CCGUAUUCUACCGAAGAUAAUGUUAUUUAUGCCGAAGGUUUCCUACUUAAUGUGGUCCCACCAAUAUUGCCCGAGCCUCAGACUUGUUACCCUCGACCCAUAACAGAGUGCCGAAAGAUCAGUCAGUGAUCCCCAUCGAACCAUGUCGACUGCUCCGAGAAUACAAAUAUUGCGCGUGGCUCAUGUGUAUUACAAGCACAAAGAUAUAGCCAGACAAGAGCAGUUUCUUGCCGAUUUCGGGUUUAUUGAGACCGAGCGUUGUGGCGGAAAGAUUUUCUACCGCGGCUAUGGCCCAGACCCAUUUAUUUACUGUCUUGAGUCAGGCACCGAAGACGAAUUUGGUGGCGUUGGAUUGAUUGUUGCGUCUCUCAGCGACCUCGAAAGGGCUCGAGCCAUAUUCCCCACGGCAUCUGAAAUCCACGACUUGGUGAAUGUGCCUGGCGGUGGGAAAUGCGUCACGGUGCAGGAUCCGGUCGAUGGCUGGAAACUCCACCUCGUAUAUGGACAAACAGAGGUAGAACCAUUGAAGGAUUAUCGCGUCCUGGAUUUCAAUUUCCCCAAACAAAAGAAUCGCCCCGGCAACUCUUUCCAGAGAUUUCAGAAAGAGCCUGCUACUGUCCACAAGUUGGGCCAUUUCGGCAUGUGUGUAACCGACUUUCAGAGAGUGUACGAGUUUUACACAGAGCAUUUCAAUUUUGUUCCAAGCGAUAUACAGUAUGAUGACUCGAAGAAAAAUAUUGCCGCAUUCAUGCACAUCGACCUUGGUGAGGAAUUCACCGAUCACCAUAGCUUCUUCAUUUUCCAAGGACCAAAGAGUCAUGUUCAUCACACAUCAUAUGAAGUUCAUGACUUCGACACUGAAGUACUUGGGCACGAUUGGCUACGUGACAAGGGCUACCAAAACUGCUGGGGCAUAGGCCGCCAUAUCAUGGGCAGUCAGAUUUUUGACUAUUGGUAUGAUCCCUCCAUGUUUAUCCUGGAGCACUAUGUGGAUGGAGACCAAGUAAAUUGUCACACCAAAACCAACAUCACUCCCGCCAGCCCUGAUGGGUUGCAUGUCUGGGGACCGGAUCUACCCGUGGACUUUUUGGAAUGAGAACAGUGACAGAGUGAUGUAGGAGUCUAUAGUGGACUAGAUAGCCAGAGUGCCUAUUUUGAUGCUUGAAGACUUACGAAC